AUGUGCAGAUGGAUGCCACCCUUCGCCGGACUCGGUCCUGACCUUGCUGCCAUUGGCACUGCCCACGCCGGGCUUCCGCCCCUACCCAGUGCUGCCUCCCUCAGCCUGCUGUGCCUCACCCUGCUCCUGGUGGCUGGCACGGCUCUGGGGGGCUGCCCACCUGGGGUAGGGCAUGAGCCCCUCCAAGUACUGGCGAGGGGCAUUAACUGCUCAUGGACACUUGAGCGGCACACACGCAGUUACAAUCACCUAGAGGGCGAUGUCCGACUAAGGCGGCUCUACUCCGCCAACAAGUUCUUUCUCUGUAUCGACAAAACGGGCAAGGUGGACGGCACCAGACGGAAAAACUACGCUGAAAGUCUAAUGGAAAUCCGAUCAGUCAGUGUGGGAGUCGUCGCCAUCAAAUCGGUCAGCACCGGGCUGUACUUAGCAAUGUCCAAAAAAGGCACACUCUUUGGAUCGGUGAAGUACAACCCUAACUGUAAGUUCAAGGAGCGCAUCGAGGAGAACGGCUACAACACGUACGCCUCCCUGCGCUGGAAACACGGCGGCAGGCAGAUGUUCGUAUCUCUGAAUGGCAGGGGGAAGCCCCGGCGAGGUCACAAAGCCCGGAGGAGACACCCCUCCACCCACUUCCUCCCCAUGCUGCCCUCAUAG